UAUUAGAUCUAAUAUUCUAUUAAUAGUUCAGUAGCGAAACGUCGCCAUUAACAUUAGCCAUGACAGUAUGACAGUAGGCGACAUAAUUUUAUUUUCUAUUUCAAUAGCAGGCUUUGCAGGCUUUCUAUUAUCAUGGUUUAUUCACACUGUCGCACUUAUUUACGGAAAAUUAAAAUUGCACAAGAAUGGGCCUGCUGUUUGCCCGGAAGACCUCCAGGGCGUGUCCAUCAUAAAGCCCCUUGUGGGUGUUGACUCUCAUCUCUACUAUAACUUAGAAACAUUCUUCAAAAUCACAUAUCCUAAGUACGAGUUGUUGUUUUCGGUGCAUGAUGAGCAGGACCCUGCAAUCAUGAUUGUCCAGAAGCUUAUAGAAAGAUAUCCAAAAGUGGACGCAAAGUUGUUCAUUGGAAUGAAGUACGUUGGUCCGAACGGUAAAGUCAACAACAUGAUGAAGCCUUUCGAAGCCUCGCGCUAUGACCUCAUCAAUAUCUCCGACAGCUCCAUUCAAGCGGCCCCUGACUACCUCAUGGAUAUGGUGAGUCACAUGACUCCUGACACCGGUCUCGUGCUGCAGAUGCCUUUCUGCUGCGACCGUAAAGGAUUUGCCGGCAUUUAUGAGAAGGUGUUUUUUGGGACAAUGCAAGCCAGGAACAUGCUGGCGGCAGUUGCGACUGGGAUCAACUGUUCAACAGGAAUGUCUUCUCUCAUCCGUAAGGAGAUUGUAGAGAAGGCGGGUGGGUUGCAGACGUUCGCUAAGUACCUCGGGGAGGACUACUUUCUGGCGCAGGAAUGUGUUCAGCAAGACUACAAGGUGAAACUCAGUAACAAGCUGGCCAUGCAGAACUCUGGUGCAUACAGCGUUGAUGCUUUCCACAAGCGCCUCACGCGCUGGGUUCAGCUGAGGAUUUCCACUGUGCCCACGCUGGUAUUCCUUGAACCAAUAUCCGAGUGCUUUCUACAGGGUCUUAUAAUGUCGUGGUGUUUCCAAUACCUAUUUGGUGUUUCGGCCAUGGCAUUCUUUCUCCUGCACGUGCUGCUCUGGUUCCUGGUUGACUACACCUUGCUCAACAUCUGCCAGAAUGGACCGCUGCCGUUCAGCAAGUUUGAGUUCCUCUGCGCGUGGCUUCUACGUGAAUGCACCUCGCCGUAUCUCUCGAUUAAAUCUCACAUGACCACUACCACUGCCUGGCGUCAUAAAAAGUAUAGACUGAGAUGGGGAGGGACUAUAGAGGAAAUUUAAUGUCUCAUAACUGUACUUAGGAUAUGUGAAGGUUUUUCAUGUAGUGUCCAAUUUGUGCCUGAAUCUCUUCUGCACUUACCAUUCCUAUUUAACUUGCAUAUGUACAUUUUCAUUGUACAGUUAGUCUGUCAUUUCAUCAUUUGUAGUUGUGUGUUUCUGAUUUGGAAGACUAGUUUAUAUGAGAAAGAAAAGAAUCAGUUUUAUAGAAAACUAAAUAUAAGUGGUGAAUAAAGUGAUUGUUUAUUCUAUAUUUUUCAGAAUGAAAGAAGCAUUUUUUUGUUUCUUGGAGCUUUUGAACUUUUGGUAUGCAUAUUCUGUAUAUUUUUCAGGACAAAACCAACCCUCCAACUUGCAUUAUUGUUUAUUUUGUUACCUUUUUUGAGCAUCAUAAGUUUCAAAGGGUCUUCAUUACACUCUAUUUCUUUAUUGUUUUCAGUCUCAAUAUACAAACAGAACUGGGCCAGUAGUUUUAAAGCCACCAAAGAGAAAUCUGAACUUAAAUAGAUGUCAAUUGUAGGUUUAAUUUUCUGUGUAAUAUUGGGCAGUCCUUUUAAAAAAAGUUUAUGUAAAAUCCUCCUCAUCUCAACAGUAUAUACUAGAUAAAAACUUUAUAAUUUAAACAGACCUUAAACUGCAAUAGACUUUAAUUUCAUGUAAUAUAGAAAGUUACAAUUUUGCUGACACUUACUAAGUUACUUGCACUAUUUCGACUUGCAAAUAGUGCUUUACUUUGUGGAAACACAUUUUAAUGAUCUAUCUAAAACUAGUGCUGUUUGUUUCAUACUUAUGUUUUGUUAAAAAGUUUUGUUAUGAUGGUUUUAACAUGUAAACAGUACUUAUGUGGCAUUACUUGUGUAGUGGUCACUUUUAUAUAAAUAAAAUCAUUUUUUUUUCCAGAAAUGAGAAAUGCUAAGUUAUUUAUUUAUUUUGUGUUAUUUUAUAGUUCUAAUAUUUUUUAUAUUUUUCUGUUCCAAGAACUGGCAACAUAAUAAUUAAAUUUAAACAUAUGUAUAAUCCCUGUUUAUAGUAAUAAAUAUCAUUUUCAUUAAUGAAACAUGAAAAUUCAAGAGAAACAUUUUCCCUUACUUAUGCGAUUAAGCGAAUUUAAUGAUGUUUUUUUUGUGUGUGUAUAUUUUAGUAAAUUGAAUGAUUAUUUCAUUAUUUUGGUUUGCUGUUUCAUGUUGUACAUUUUUUAAGUCUUAAUAUGUAAAUGCCUGUCUUUACUUUGUAAAAUUUUUCCUAAAAUUUGAAAUAUCUACAAAAUUUACAUCUAAAUUUGAAAAUAUCAUUAUUGAACUGUGCAAAACUUGCUCUUAUUUUUUUGUUUCUGAAUUGACCUUUAUCUUUGAAGGAAAGUCUGAUUGCUAUGGAAACAACAUUUUUGUCUGAGCCUGCACCCCCAGUGCAGUGGCAUGACGACAGAAGUGUUGAUAAGCAACCAGACAAGCCUGUUUAAAUAUGAGUGGCACUCUGAGGAAACAGUCUGCACAGGCAAAUCAGGGACAACUUUAAACAACAUGCAUUAAACCCCUUGCUACAGAGCAAGGCCCAUAUUAUGUACUCAUCUAUUCAUAUCCUUAAUCUGUUUUCUUUAUAUAUGUAUGUAAAAAAUAUUAAAUAAAAAAAGCAAAAUAUAAAAGAAAAAACUCAAAAUUGUUGCAAACUGACUUAUAUUUGUUGAAAUUAUGUUGAUGUGUUGUAGUGAGGUGACUUAUGAUAGUUCAAAAUGUGGUUUGCUUGCAUGACUUUUAACAGGUUGAAAUUUUACUUACAUUUUUAGAUGCAGUGUUUUCAAGAGUACUUAAUUUGAAGUGGGCUUUACUAAAACAGAUUAUAAGCUUUGCAAAUGCUUGUGUGUGAGAUUAUUUAAAGUAUUAAAUGUAUAGUGUACUUUACACUUAAAAGAGCAAUAAUUAUUGUCCUUAAUUAUUGAACGUACAAAACUGUUACAAAGUCUGUCAAAAUACCCAAAUAAUUGACUUUUCCUCUCCCUUUGAAGGAUUCCUUCAGAGCAAUGUAGAUUUCUUCAGAGCAAUGUAAUCCAAGGAUUCCUUCAGAGCAAUGUAAUCCAAGGAUUCCUUCAGAGCAAUGUUAUCCUUUGCAAAGCAGUAAAUCAGGAUGAACACUUUUUUAGUUUGUGUCUGUUUUGUUAUAUAUGUACAUGUAUUUAUUUACAACAUUUUAUAUACGACAUUCAAAGUUGUCAUGCUUGUACUAAAUGCACAUUUUCUUUCUCAAAAAAGGGUUAAUACUUAUGAUGUGGUUAUCAAUUAAUGCACAAUUUAAAUAUAUAAUUUUAUAAUUUGAUUAUCAUCAGCAAAGCAUUAUUUUAUUUAUUGAUAAUUUUUUUUGAAAGAAGGCUUUUUUAAAUCUCUUCAAAACUAACAAGUUUAUUUAAACAUACUGAAGAAACAAGUAUAGCCCUUUCAGUGCGGGAACCGAAUUUUGAAGGCCUAUGCAAACAGUUUGGAUCCUGAUGAGAUGCCACAAAACGUGGCGUCUCAUCAGGAUCCAAACUGUUUGCUAUUUUGAUAGUAUUCUUUGAAAAAAAUCGAAGAAAAUGCUAAUUUUAGAAAUUCAGCAGACGACAUUUUAGCAGAAGACAAAUUACCCAGCACGCAAAGGGAUAGUGUUCAGAAUGUGCACAUGUUUGAAUUGUCACUACAUGUAGUGCUUUAGAUUGAAUUGUCACUACAUGUAGUGCUUUAGAUUGAAUUGUCACUACAUGUAGUGCUUUAGAUUGAAUUGUCACUACAUGUAGUGCUUUAGAUUUACUGGUUUUCACCAAUAGAUUAUGUAAACCUCAGAAAUACUUUUUGUUCUAGAGUGUGCUAUGUCACUUGCAGAAUUUCCGGGACACCAAAAGAUGUACACAAAACAUUUUUGUAAAGCUUGAAGCAUUUUUGUUAAUGUUUAAUUUAUUUAGUUUACAACUGCAUAUGUAUAUAUCAAUAUAUCGAGAUUUAUUAUUAUGUAUACAAAUGUAAUGCUGGUAAGCAUAUAUAAAGAUUAAGAAACCAUCAUUUCUUUAAUAAUUUAUUUCAAGUUCUUUUAUUUGGACAAUGGAAUAUAACCUGUGUUUGCUCCUUUUUAUAUACAAAUGAGAAUUGCCAAUGUGUAUGUGUCCAACUGAUAAAAGAAUGUUUGAAAUUUCUACAUUUUAGUGCAUGUUUGUUUGGUGUUUGAUCAGUUUUAUUAUUUUUCAGAACCUAAUUAGCUCUAUUUUUUGUUUACUGUAGUCAUUGCAGAAAGAAAUUAACAUAACUUUAGAAACAUGAACCCUGUCUCAAAACCUUGAGGGUUCCUGGGCAUCACACAUUCACAGAAUCUUUCUUUUGUGGAGCAAGUAAAAACAUUUGUAUUGACUAUUAGAAAUAAAUAAAGAACCAUGAGUUCUGCUCAAAUUGUAUUCAUCCACUCCAUGUUUAAUCAUGUAAACGAUAUUAUAGGGUGAUUUUAAGGUCAUUACCAUCAGAUGCACUUUGAAUUCAUCAACAUCCCUAAUACAAUCCUAAAAGCAAUGUCCUGUAUCUACUAAGAUAAAGAGCAGUUUGAUAAUUCAACAUUCAGUGACUCAGAUAAUUAAUAUUUAUUUAUUUGUAGACAACAUGUCUACACUAAUGAUUUCAUCAACAAUGGGAAAUACCUGAUCAGUUAAUGUCAUUCAUUUGAUUUCAAUUAAAGAUAGAUGUGGGGCUUUUACAAGUGUGCCUGUUCAGGCAUUAUUGAUCCGCCAGUAGCUGUUAGAUCAUAAGAUGAAAUUCAGAGUUGUCAGGUGCAUGUUACAUUCACUUUAAUUGUAUUUCAAUAAGAGAGAAAGAUUCUCUUGAGAUUGAUGUGGUUAUGAAUUUGUAAAAUCAUAGUAGCAUUUAUAUGGCAGUCGUUACAAAACCCAAGUAACAAAUUCAAAGAAUCGGUAUUUAGCAUAGUUUUGACAAAUGUGAAUUCACAUAAUGUUGAAGUCUCGAAAAAACAAAAACACGAAAUGGCAUUCAUGAUCCAUCCUUGUAUUUAUUUAUUUUUAUAGCAAAGAAACAUAUCACAUAAUUCAGUGUUGCAAAUUUUAUAAAUGGCAAACUUCCAAGACUAGAUAUUUAUCACACUUUUUUGACAGCAGAUUCACAUGAUGUUGUAGUCUUGCCCAAAAGUAGGUUAAAAACCUCAAGGUAGUUGUUUUUUUUAGCUCACCUGUCACGAAGUGACAUGGUGAGCUUAUGUGACCGUGUGAUGUCCGGCGUCCGUAUGUGCGUACAUGCGUGCGUGUGUGCGUCCGUCAACAAUUUGUUUGUGUAGACAGUAGAGGUCGCAGUUUUCAUCCAAUCUUUAUGAAAUUUGGUCAAAAUGUUUAUCUUGAUGAAAUCUGGGUUGGGAUUGUAUUUGGGUCAUCUGGGGGUCAAAAACUAGGUCACUAGGUCAAAUAAUAGAAAAAACCUUGUGUAAACAUUAGAGGUCACAGUUUUCAUCCAAUCUUUAUGAAAUUUGGUCAGAUUGUUUAUCUUGAUAAAAUCUGGGUUGGGAUUGUAUUUGGGUCAUCUGGGGUCAAAAACUAGGUCACAAGGUCAAAAACUAGGUCAAAUAAUAGAAAAACCUUGUGUAGACAAUAGAGGUCACAGUUUUCAUCAAAUCUUUAUGAAAUUUGGUCAGAAUGUUUAUCUUGAUGAAAUCUGGGUUGGGAUUGUAUUUGAGUCAUCUGAGGUCAAAACCUAGGUCACUAAGUCAAAUAAUAGAGAAAACGUCAACAAUUUGUUUGUGUAUCAAGUAGAGGUCACAGUUUUCAUCCAAUCUUUAUGAAAUUUGGUCAGAAUGUUUAUCUUGAUGAAAUCUGGGUUGGGAUUGUAUUUGGGUCAUCUGGGGUCAAAAACUAGGUUACUAGGUCAAAAACUAG